CGCGGAGUACGGAUCGAUAAAUUCGCGCUUGCCCCGUACGGUUUUACCUACACGGCGAUUGUCCGAAACUAGUUUUAAGAAGGCAGACGUGAUGCACGAUCGGGAUCAGUCGCGAUGUAACCGCAGCAUGAAACGGCCUCGUACCGGGCCACCAGGUGACCGCCAUCAAAUGUUCGACGUUGGCUAAUUUUAUUGGCCAAGUUUUUCCUAAUCCAACUUCGGCAGGAGAGGGAGAGAGAGAGAGAGAGAGAGAGAGAGAAAAGAGAGAGAGAGAGAGAGAGAAGAGAGAGAGAGAAAGAGAGAGUGAGAGAGGGAAAGAGAGAAAGAGAAAAAAAGAAAGAGAGAAAGAGAAAAGAAAUUUUUGUUCGAUUACUUUUCAACGUGGGAAGACGAAAAAAGAGAAGGACGUGUCUUGGGGUCAGUGGUUCCAACGAGGAGCCAAAUCGAAGAGAUAGCGUCCCUCAACAGCGAAUUACGUAAUUUACGUUUUGUUUGUGUCCUGAAAAAUUAUAUAUAUAUAUAUCUGUAUAUAUAGACCUAUAUGUAACACAAACGUGUGUCACACGUUCAGAGAAAGAAAGAGAGAGAGAGAGAAAGAGAGAGAGAUAGAUAGAUAGAGAGAGAGAGAGAGAGAGAGAGAGAGAGAGCCUUAUCAUUCUUUGAAAGAAGAAGAAUGGCUAUAUAUUCGUGGGUACGAGUAAGACGAGGCCCUCAGUAGGAAGAUGAUAGAGGGCCAGGUACAUCAACUUCCGGUGAGGCUACCGCCCGACAAAACUCAGCCUGUUCAAACAACCCAGCCGAACACCGCCAAGUUCGAAAAUGAGCAAUGUAAGGAGCCUCUGCUUCCGGAAAAGCAUAAUUCCCACAGGAUGACACCAACCGAUGGCCGAUCACGCACAACUUCUGAAUCGAAUGCCACAGUUGGCACCAACACAAACACCACCAUCCCCAACAACAAUAACAACAACAGCAGUAAUGGCAGCGGGAAUGGUAAUAGUAACGGCCCUAACGUGACCAAUUCGGUCACGGCCAAUUCCACCGGCCAUGAGGAGUGUAUGGAAGUGACGAUCUUCGAUGAGAAUUAUGAUAACAACCGUCUUCCUGAUGUCGUCGCUGAAAGUAAAAUCUACGGAGUGUUGGACGAGGAGGAGCCAACGGAAUCGUACUGUGCCAUAACUAUUCAAGUUUUCAUACCAUUCCUGAUAGCUGGCCUUGGCAUGGUUGGAGCUGGACUGGUCCUCGAUUUGGUCCAACACUGGGUUGUGUUUGAUAAAGUGAACGAACUGAUGAUACUGGUGCCAGCACUUUUAGGUCUUAAAGGUAAUCUAGAAAUGACUUUGGCGUCUCGUCUCUCUACACAAGCGAAUCUUGGACACAUGGAUACGCCUAAACAACAGUGGUACAUGAUCGUUGGGAAUCUCGUUUUGAUACAAUGUCAAGCUAUAGUCGUUGGUUUUCUGGGCUCAGUCGUGGCAAUUGUUAUGGGUGCCUUCCGUAAUGGUACAGUUUCUUUGGAUCAUGCAUAUCUCUUAUGUGCUAGCAGUUUAGUAACAGCAUCCUUGGCUUCCUUCGUUCUCGGUUUGAUAACCGCUGGCGUCAUAGUCUUCUCACGUCACUGUCACAUCAAUCCUGACAAUGUAGCAACACCGAUAGCUGCUAGUCUUGGUGACAUCACGUCUUUAGCCCUUCUAUCAUGGAUAUCAACGAUCCUUUACGAAUCGAUCGAUAAACAGGAUUGGCUGGCACCACUCGUUAUUGCAUGCUACGUUCUUGUAACACCACUUUGGGUUUGGAUUGCCAAGAGAAAUAAAUAUACCAAUGAUGUGCUCUAUUCUGGAUGGACACCUGUCAUGGUUGCCAUGUUGAUUAGCAGUUGCGGUGGUUUGAUUCUUGAAUUCAUGGUAUCACGUUUCGAAAAUCUCACGGUUUUUCAACCUGUUAUCAAUGGAGUUGGUGGAAAUCUUGUUGCUGUACAAGCUAGUAGAAUAUCAACGGCUCUUCAUAAGCAAGCUGAACUUGGAACGCUUUUGAUACCACCUGGUCAAACUCAUCCUGUCAUUUUCAUUACACCAAUAGCUAAUUUCUUUGGCAAAGGUAUACAUGCAAGAACAACAAGAGUAUUGAUGUCUAUGGUGAUUCCCGGUCACAUAAUUUUCAUUUAUCUAAUUAAUUAUAUGAAAGACGGUAAUACAUCGUUAACGCCUCUAUUCGUUUUCGUAUAUCUUUGCGCCGCUGUAUUACAAGUGGCUGCACUUUUGUAUAUCGCCUAUAUAAUGAUCCAUUGGAUGUGGAAAAGAAAAAUAGAUCCUGAUAAUUCGGCAAUACCUUAUUUAACUGCUAUGGGUGAUCUACUUGGCAUCAGUUUACUUGCGAUCGCCUUUCAAUUUUUAUAUCUCGUUGGUGAUCAGGAUUACGAUGAUCAGAUGAAACCCUGAACGAAAAAAAAGGCAAAUUCAUCGGUCCAACAAUGGCGUAUAAAUAAUAAUAAUAAUAAUAAUAAUAAUAAUAAUAAUAAUAAUAAUAAUAAUAAUAAUAAUAAUAAUAAUAAUAAUAAUAAUAAUAAAAAUAAUAAUAACGAUAAUAAUAACAAUAAUGAUAAUCAUAAUACAUAAAUAAAUAAAUAUAAAACGCUCUCGCGAAGAGUAUGCUGAUAAACGUGAAUGGAAGGCAUUUCAAAGUGGCUGUGGUCGUAUGAAAGUAUACCAUAUACUGAAUCAAUUAUUAUCGAUCUGCCAUUUCGUCGAAAGGCCUAUAAGAAAAGGACGAGCUGUUUAAUAUUUCUCUCGGUGCUCUUUAGCUUUAUUUCUAAUACAGAUAAGGUGAAGCAAAGAGAGGCAACGCUUGAGAUAUUCACAUAUUCGACCGUUGUAGAAGCUUCUUCGUUGAUCCUUUGAAGAAAAUUUCAAAGGGAAAUUGGGAUUGUUAUUAAAAGAUACGAAGAUUAUAAGAAGAAGAAAAAAAAAAUAAAAAAAAUAAAAAAAAUGCCUUAAUGAUCGAUCGAUCGAGAUUUCAUGCGGAUUAACGAACAAAUGUUAUAAUUUACGUUUCGAUGCGCUUUGCUUCGAGCUACUGAAUUAGAUGACUUUUUAGAAUCUUUUUUGCAUUAACGAACGAAUUUAAAGACCUAAUCGCGGAACGAAUAAUAAGAAAAAAAAAAAAAAGCAAAAAAAAGAAGAAAGAAAAUAAAGAAAAAGAGAUAAGAAAAGAAAAGGAAAGAAAAGAAAUCAAUCGCUAGCUGAUAAAUUUUCAUCUGUAUGUACAUAAUUUAUCAUCAGUUCAGACAAUAUUUUUAUUUUCCCUUUAUGCUCUGUAAGGAUAUUCGUUAAUUCGUCGAAGUUCAUUCUUAAAUUCGUUUCUUUUUUUUUUCAUCUUCCGCAACGAGACAAUUGUCAUUACCAAAGAAAGAAAGAUAGAAAGGUAGAAUGACAGAAAAAAAAAACAAAAAAAAAAAAACAAAAACAAAAAAAAAACAAAAAAUAAGAAAACAAAAAAGAUUCCAACGCGUAUGUGUCUUCGACUAGUUGCCUUCGUAUACGAUGAGAGAUUAGCUAGUUGUUGUUAAUUGUAGCUGCCCAGGUGACCUACUAUUUUUGGAAGCUUUAAACAAGCUCACGAGUCAAAAACACGAUCCAUUCUAAUAAUCUAUAAAUAGAUCAACACAAAAAUAGCAUGUUCCGAUUAUUUUCAAUUAGACAGAAAAACAAAAGAGAAAGAGAGAGAGAGAGAGAGAGAGAGAGAGAGAGAGAGAGAGAGAGAAGAAAAAAAAGAAAAAGAAAAAAAAGAUUUAUCAUCAUCAUCGUGCUCUCUAAUCACAAAAGAGAUAGAUAUCUUUAACAUUAUCUUCAUAAUUAGAAGAUAAACUUAGAGUGAUUUAGAGAGAGUAUACCUUCAGGAUCAUACGUAAUUAUAUUAUAUUAUAGUACACAGAGUGUAAUAAAAAUUUGCGACGAAGAGGAGAGGAGAAGGAAAAGGAGGAAGGAUCGUCGUGUAAGCACGAUUUUAUUUUUGAAACUUCUCUUAACGAUUAAAAUAUACUUAUAUUUCGAUAUAUAGAUAUCAUAAAUCUAAUCGUUUAGAUGAGAGAAUUCGAAGAUUUAGAUCAUUUCGUUUAACAUACAACAUCCUAACAUAUUGAUCGUUUUAGAAAGAUCGGUGUCGCUGUCUUAGAGGGAGAGAAUUAUGUAUUUUGAAAUUCAGACAAGGAUGAACCUUUGUCUGUUUUAUUAGAUCGAUCUUUUAAAAUAUAAAAAGAGAAAGAGAAUGGGAGGAUAUGAGAAAAAGAGAGAGAGAGAGAGAGAGAGAGAGAGAGAGAGAAAGA